AACAACCGCCUCCUCGCCUGCAUCCACCGCAUGCCGUCGCCAGAAUCUCCCGAGCCUUUCAAUGCCCUCGCCGCCUACGACCUCCGAUCACGCCUCCGCCUCUUCCUCUCCCCUCUCGUCGACACCGUCACCGAGGAAGCUCAUUCCGCCGUCGCAAACGACGUUGCUGUCGAUUUCUCCGGCAAUGCUUACGUCACGAACUCCGGCGGUAAUUUCAUCUGGAAAAUUGACAUAAACGGCAACGUUUUAGUCUUAUCUAAAUCUAAGGCGUACAAAUCCCAUCCCGUGGACACGACCACAGAGUAUCACAAAUGCGGCCUAAACGGUGUCGUUUACAGCUUCAAUGGUUACUUACUAGUCGUCCAAUCAAAUACGGGGAAAAUGUUCAAAGUCGACGUUGAUGACGGAACGGCAAGGACCGUUAGAUUAAACAAGGACUUAACGGCAGCUGAUGGAAUGGCCGUUAGAAAAGACGGCGUCGUAUUAGUCGUGAGUCAACACAAGCUGUAUUUCUUAAGGAGCAAUGAUGGGUGGGGAGAGGGAGUGGUAUUUGACGAAACUGCCCUUGAAGGGGAGAGAUUUCCUACAUCUGUGGCAGUAGGAGAUCGGAAUAGGGUAUAUGUGUUAUAUGGGCAUGUAAUGGAGGGUAAAAUGGGAAAUACUGAGAGAGAAAAGUUUAGUAUAGUUGAAGUGGAAUCUGAGGAAGAGAAUAAAGAAGAUAAUAUUUGGUUAUAUGGAUUGAUUGGAUUAGGAUUAGCUUAUUUCUUGUUUUGGAGAUUCCAAAUGCGUAAGUUAGUGGAAAAUAUGAACAAGAAAACUGCUUGAAUUCUUUUUUUUUUGGGGGGGGGGGGGGGUUAUAUUUGUUUGUAGUUUAUAGUGAGAUAUUACAAGUAUUUGUUGUUUCCACUAUAAUAAAAUGAUUUUAUGGUUGUUAACUUA